AAUUGCGACAAUUUGAAAUACUCCAUUCAAAUGGGUUACAUGGUGAAAAGCAGGCAGGUGACCAAUCUUUGCUUCGUUGUCUUGUAAAUGGUGUACUAACUGUGGCAGUUCCACUGUGGGUGGCAGCAGUGCAACUCUGACCUAGUUUGCCAGGAUACGUAACAGCUCCCUAUAAACCAUCUUUGCUAACAAUGCCCUGGUGUCUGUCGUGUAUAAUGGAUGAAGGCCCAAAAGGACCAAGGGAAGGGCCUUUGUCCGUGUCUCAUUUAGGCGCUUUAGAGCUGCCUUAAGGGUCCAGUGACAUCUUUCUGCUAUCGCGUUGAUGGCAGGAUGCUAGCUUGUCAUCCAAUGAUACUGGCUGCUGUGCAAAUUCGACAGUUCUUAGAACAAACCCUUUUGGUAGAGCCAUCUGACAACACAGUGAUCUCACUGCUGAUGCCUGAGCUGCUAGCUCACCAUACAUGCCAGGGAAUAUAUGCCCAUCUUCCUGGAGCAACAAGACUCCCAGCUAUGGCCGUCGUUCCAGAUGGCCUUUGCAGUGGAGAGGUGGUGCCUGUGGGGAGAGCCGUCAAUCAGACUACUCGUGUGGAUAUGAGAAAGCAUUUCAAGAGUAUGCUAAUAUAAUACAGCAAAAGUAUCCCCAUAUUCGUGUUGAGGGGGAGAAUUAUCAGCCUCCCAGAUUAAGUCUGGUUAUAUCUAGGAUACUGUCUGUUUCCAGACUUUCCCUCAUAUUUUUAAUUAUUACUGGUUUCAACAUCUUUGAAAUAUUUCAAAUUGCUCAACCAGUAUGGUGGUCAUGGUGCAUUGACAAUAAGAUUUAUUCUUCCAUGAUGGUGUAUUUUAUGUGCAAUUCAUUUGAAAGCAUGCUGAUGUCCACUGGAGCUUUUGAAAUAACAUUUAAUGAUGUUCCGGUGUGGUCAAAAUUGGAAACAGGAAGAAUACCGCAACCUCCAGAACUCUUCCAAAUAAUUGAUAAUACAUUACAGUUCCAAAAUAAAGCUGACCUAAAACCUAACUUUCCUAAAUAAGUUUCAGAAGCUGUUGGAAGAGUGUUGUGCCACAGCCCUGUGAAAUGUAUUUUAUAAUGUUAUUUAACAACUGUGAUACCAUUAUAGAGUGUGAACAUGUUUAUGUUACCUAAUAAGCCUGUGUUAAAUGUGAAAUAUUUAUUAUUUAUUUUGUUGAGAGAUUUAUAUACAAUAGAUAAUACUGUGUGUGUGUGUGUGUGUGUGUGUGUGAGAGAGAGAGAGAGAGAGAGAGAGAGAGAGAGAGAGAGAGAGAGGAGGGUAUAUUUAAAUAUGCUAAAACAAAUUACAAUAGCAUUAGAUCACUCUUGUCUAAUGCAUUAUUUAAAUGGACCACAUAGUAUUCACUUCUGCUAGAAUUAAUUUUUCUUUACAUUUGUGUCGCUAUAUCAAGUAUUGUUUCAAAUACAUUCUGUUUUCAUUACUCAGUA